AUGAUUAUUGAUUUAGCAACAACAGCAACAACAAAUGAUAUAUUAAAACUUAUUCAAGGUGAUUCAAAUAUUGAACUUGUUUACACACGUACUGAACAUUUUGGAACAUUAAUACUUGUUGUUGGUACAAUUGUACGAAAAAGAUUUCAAGUAACAACUUUAAAACGAUCAAUUAUUCGUCAUGGUUUACCUGAAUCAUCUAUAGAAAUGUUUGACUUAGAUAAUCGAUGGUUAAGAUGUAUGAAAUAUCAACCAGAAUCCAUGAUAUUAUUUACUGCAAUUUUUAAUGAUCAAAAAGGCUUUGAUACAUUCUAUACACAUGUGAAAUGUUCAACACGUUAUAAAAAUCUUAGUCAAUUCUUACUUGAUUAUCGUUAUUUAAUUUCAUCGAUAAAUAAAAAUGAAUUACUUCAUUUCUAUAAAGAAUUUAUUAUCAAUAGUCAUCAAACUCAAUAA